UAGAUUUAUUAUGUAUGUAAUAAUACACGUGACCUUUGAGAAAUUUAAGAUGUAUAUCGAUAAGUUUUUGUAAUUUUUCAAUUGUUAUCCAUUUGUUGCACCAUUUUGUUAUAACUCAACUAACAUAUAUAAGAUAUUGUUUUCAAUUUUAUAUAGGCUCAAACAAAAUCUCACCUAAUGGAUGCGUCAUGGCAAUACAAACGUUUGGUACAGAAGUAUAAAAUUCGCACUUGUAAUUCUUUAGCUCAAGAAGAGGCCCACAAGGAACCUCUUAAUCAUGUAGGAAGAAGAGCACGCCCUGUUUGGCUGCAUCUUAUUACAAUAUUUUUUUCAAAGAAAAUGUUUUUUUCCGCAGUGAAGAUUGGUAUUGCCGGAGGAAUUAUGUUCCAGUAUCAUGCACGUCUAGGUUUAUAUUUAUUACUUUUAGCUGCUUGUUUGGAUUUUAUGUGAUCAUAUAGACAAAUUUUUUUUAAACUUUUUUCUUUGAUAAUAUUAAUAUUUGAGUUUGUAUGUGCAUUUCUGUGUAAAAAAGUGAAAUUAUAGGUUCAUAAGAGUUAAUAUAAAAAUGUCCAUUGUUAAAAUUAGUAACAUCGCUAAGCGCAUAGCUACCAGCAAGUUUAGAAUAAAGUCAUGUGCAAUUUCUUACCGCUCAUUUACAAAAGUACAUAACAUUCAUCAAGUGCAAUUGAAAACUCAAGUUAAAGUUCUUCACUAUUUUGAAAAACAAAGAUGCAGCUUUCACACUACACAGAGAAGAGAUAUUCCUCCCUUCUUAGCACUUGUAGUGCGGCCCUUAAUUAGAAUUGCUGCUUUACUAUUUGGAAGAAAAUUUAAAAAAUGGUAUGCAAGUAAAAGUCCUGAAGAAAAAGAAGAAUUUCUCAAAUGGCUUCGAGCUAAAAGAAAAUACAUAUUUAGUGGCUUAGGUCUAUAUUUUGUUUGUUUGUUUCUAUAUUAUGCAACUCAUUUAGAAUAUGAUAAUCUGACAGGAAGAUUUCAGUUUAUUCUAUUAAAUGAACAGCAAAAAGAAAAACUUUCUAAAUUAACUUUUGAUACACAUCUUCAAGAAUUUCAGUCCAUACUGCUUCCAAAAACACAUCCAAUAUAUUCAAAGCUAUUGAGAAUUACUGCAAAAUUGAUUAAUGCCAAUAGAGAUCUCCCAAAUUUCAAAAAUAAAAAAUGGACUUUGACAGUCAUUGAUUCACCGUUAAAAAAUGCAUACGUUUUGCCUGGAGGAAAUAUUUUUGUUUUUUUAGGAACUUUGCAAAUGGUGGAAAAUGAGGAUCAACUGGCUGUGGUCUUAGCUCAUGAAAUGGCUCAUGCUGUAUUAAAUCAUUCAUAUGAACAAGUCUCUCGAGGAAUUAUUAUUGAGCUUUUGCUUGCAUUACCAAUAGCAGCUAUAUGGGCCAUAUUUCCAGACCUGCUGGCAGGCUUCUUAUUAUUACUAGGUCAAUCUAUUGUUGACGUUUUUCACACGUUGCCCUAUAGUAGAGCUCUUGAAACUGAAGCAGAUACAGUCGGGUUACUUAUUGCUGCCAAAGCUUGUGUAGAUGUCAGAGAAGCUGUUGUUUUUUGGGGUACAAUGCGAACCUUGACUGAUCUGAAAGUAGAACCUAAUCAAAUCCCGUGGCUAUCAACUCAUCCAGACCAUGGUGACAGAGAAAAAAGAAUUGAUAGAAUAUUAGAAGAAGUUUUGAGUUUUCGAAGUAAAGCAGGAUGUCCAGCAUUGAGUGGCGUAGAUCCUCGAAAAUUAUUUUAUCGACGUUCACUCGAAGAGCAUGCUGCACGUCUCAAACAACGAGGAAUUAUUCAUACUUAAAAAGUCCAUCGUGAAAGAUUCUUUUAUAAAAUAUGAGCUUAGUAAUUAAGUUUUUUGAUUCAGCAAACAGAUAAGAAAAAGUAUUUUGAAAGUCGUCUGAAUUAAGUAGUGUUUUGAAUUAACAAAUCACAUAAAUUUAUUGUAAAAAGUUUGUAUCAAAUAUUAGAUGUCACUCAAUCUGCAAUCUUUAUAAUGAUAAGAGUAUAAUAAACCGAUGUUUGAGUAUGGAAAAAACUAAUUAAAAAACAAACAGCAUGACA